UAAAAGGAGCUGGACACAGUCUCUCCAGCACUCCCUUCUCUCCAUCCAGAGCAGGCAAACUCCUCCACCAUGGCCUCCUACUCUCGCUCCUUCUCCAGUGGAAACCGCCUCGGGUCCAUGAGGGCCCCCAGCGUGUACGGUGGCGCCGGAGGCUCCGGUGUCCGCAUCUCCAGCAUGAGCGCUGCCAGGAGCUUCUCUUCCGCUGGUGGUGCUGCUGCAGGAGGCGGCGGUGGCUUCAACCUGGCCGACGCCGUCGUCAACACAGACAACAAGAAGGCCGACAUGCAGAACCUGAACAGCCGCCUGUCCAUCUACCUGGACAAGGUCCAGAAGCUGGAGGCGGCCAACGCUGACCUGGAGCUGAAGAUCAGGCAGUUCCUGGAGAACAAGACCAAACCUCAGGGCCACGACUGCUCUGCACACCAGCUAGUCAUCAGUGACCUGCAGGACCAGAUCUUAGGUGCCACCCGUAGGAACGGAGCCCUGUACCUGGCCGUCGACAACGCCAAGCUGGCUGCUGAUGACUUCAGAGUCAAGUUUGAGAACGAGCUCGCCAUGCGUCAGGGCGUGGAGGCCGACAUCACUGGGCUGAAGAGACUCCUGGACGAGCUGACUCUGGGAAGAUCGGACCUGGAGAUGCAAAUCGAGGGUCUGAGGGACGAACUCAUCCAGCUCAAGCUGAACCACGAGGAGGACCUGCUGCAUCUACGGGCUCAGAUGACCGGGCAGGUGAACGUGGAGGUGGACGCCGCUCCUCAGGUGGAUCUGAGCAGCGUCAUGGCCGAAAUCAGGGAACACUACGAGGGCGUUGCUGCCAAGAACCGCAGAGAACUGGAGUCCUGGUACAGUGCCAAGACUGAUGAGAUUAAUAAGGUGGUCGCCGUGAGCACAGAGUCUCUUCAGUCAACACGCUCCGAGGUCACAGAGGUCAAACGCACGCUGCAGGGUCUAGAGAUCGAACUCCAAGCGCAGCUCAGCAUGAAAGCGUCUCUGGAAGGAACUCUCGACGACACCAACAGCAGAUACUCCAACAUGCUGGCGGGUUACCAGAGGCAGGUGUCCGCCCUGGAAGAGCAGCUGGCCCAGCUGAGGGCGGACCUGGAGCGUCAGGGGCAGGAGUACCAGAUGCUACUGGACAUCAAGACCCGGCUGGAGCUGGAGAUUGCAGAGUACCGGAGGCUGCUGGACGGAGAGAUGUUGAGCUCAUCUUCCACCACCACCACUCGAACAGUGGUGGUCAUCACAAAGGAGUUCAUAGAUGGCGAAGAGAUCAUCAGCACGACUGAAUGAGACGACAAGCAUAUGCCAACCGUUCUCAGAAAUACUUGAAUAAAACACUUCUGAUCAACUGA